GAAAUGAUCAUGUUGUACAUAUUUCAUUCAACAAUAGAACAACAGGUGCUAGAAAUAAUGUCAACAAAAAUAUUCGCUCAUUAUCAGUUUUAAUUAAAGAAAAUAUGUAUAAAGUAUUUUGUUUAGCCUAUACUGAAGUUAAUCACAAAAAAAUAGCUAGUAUAUAUGAAAAAUUGCACAAUAAAUGGGAUAAUAUUAACAAAAAAUUGGUUGAACUUUUUUGUGAGAAUUGUUCUAUUUAUGUUAUUCGUAUAAACAGAAAAUUUAGUAAUAAAGUAGCAGGAAAAGAAUUAAUUGUUAAAAACUUUUUAUCUCAUUUACAG